GGGAGGGGGCGGAGGCGGAAAAGCGCGGCCUCUAUGGCGGCGCGGGGAGCGGACGCUUCGGCCUCGUCUCCGCGGCUCGAGGGCCACAGGGGCCGCUCCCGCAGCGACACCCCGUCCCCAGGGAGGUCAAGGGCCCGGACCGGCGAGGAUGUGCCGCAAAUGGUGCCCGGCCGCUCCGAGUCCCUGGCGUCGGACUCCAGCACGCCGACGCUCAAGCGCAAGAGCAAGCUGUCGUCGCUCGGCAAAUUCCUCAAGCCGUGGACGUGGCGCAAGAAGAAGCCGAGCCCCAAGUUCCAACAAACUUCCGAAGUGUUGGAGCGGAAGAUCUCCAUGAGGCUCAGUCGGGAGGAGUUGAUAAGGAAGGGGCUCCUGAGAGAUGUACCUGAAAGUGUCCUGGAGAGGGCAUCGAUCAGGGAGGAGGCUCCCUUGGGGAACGGCCACGUGGCUUCGGAGCUCGCCUCGGAGGAGGAGCUGAGAGUCGGCGACGGCUUCUCGACCCCGGCACACCCGACGGAUUCGGGUUCCGAGGAUCAGGCAGUCCACGGAGGCGGCCAAGACUCCCGAUUGCAGCCGAGUUCGACGACGACGUCCCGAGCCGAGCGGCGGGACACGAGCGACGACGCGGUCACGCAGAGCCGGGCGCCACCGCAUAAAGCUUCCAGCACCAUCGGCUCCACCUUCGGCGCCCCCACUUACCAGCAUUCAACAUUGCCCAAGGUCCCCAGCGGCAGCAGCAACCUUCAAACCAACAUCGUGCGGGUGUCAGUCGCCAAAUUCAUUACAACGCGCGGCUGUUUGUUUGGCGAUGCCGGGUGGGAGCGUACGAAGAUGACGGCGCCCAGGUGCAGGGGCCGCCGCCGCUGCAGGGUCGCCCCUCCCCCCUGCUGCCACCACGAGCCCACGACCCCGGGGCCGGCCAGCGGAACCCCCCCUCGGCCAGGAGUUCGGGGGGGGGGCCGGCAGCCCCCUCCGGUGCUCCCCAAGCCCGGCGCCCGCAUCGCCCAGGCGAACGCGAGAGAGGAGCACGGCGCGAGGGACUCCGUGGGGAACUCCGCACGUCCUCCCAGCAACCGCUCCCCCCUCUUGCCGGCCAGGCCCUCCUUGGUGGACGCGCCGGGCGCCUCGGAGUCGGGGAACCCCGCGGUGCAACCCCGGCCUGGGCACGGUGGGCCCGUGCCCAGGCCGCACUCCGGCCUUCCCCCGAAGCCUCCCGUCCGCACGAGUUUUCCUGCCGGCGGGGAGAGCAGGCAGGCGGCUGGAGGCGGCGGCGGCGGUGGAGGUGGUGGUGGAGGCAACUCGGAGUCCCAUGCGCCAAGCGGCGCUGGCCCUGCUGUCCCUCUCCGCAAGUUCGGAGUGGUUGGGCUUCCGCCGUCUCUACAGCCGGCUCCGUCGGACCGACCGGAGUCCCAGCACCCUGAGCCCGACACGCCGAACUCUGUGCCGCAGCCUCCGCACAUGCAGCACAGGGGUCCUCUCAGGGGCUCGCAGACGCAGCCGGAGACGAUGGAUGCGAGAGCCAGGGAGGUGCAGGAGCUGGACCAAACCACGGGCGCAGCAUCGCGAGGGAUGCACAGCCCGUCAGCCGAUGGCACCGGCACCACAUCUCAGUGCCCGCCACCGGGGCCCCGCAUGCCCCAGGCGGCCCGUCAACCCGCAUCAUCGUCAGCGCCACCGCCACGGCCGUCAGAGUAUCCUAGCGACACGCAGCUGAUCAUGUGGACUGCGACAUCAGAACCGGGAAUCCCGUCCGGUGGCCGUGCCGCCCCGGCCCCGGCGUCAAGAGAUCGCGGAGACACGAGGGAGGGCGAGGAACCCCAGCAGCGCCGUCCGCCGGGAUCACCGGGACGUCCACCCCACCCUCCGGGAGACGGAUUCUAUGGUGGCGGCGGCGGCAGGGGCGGCACCAGAAGAGGUCACCAAGAGGACAACGAUGUCGACGAUUACGAUGAUUCCGUGGGCCCCAUUGGGCCCAUCUCGGGCGUGCGCCUGGAGGAAGUCCUCGAGUUCCUCAUGCAGCCUUCCGGAGGAGGCCAGGACAAUGGUUCAGAUGAUGCCACCACGGAGAAUUGUGUCACCGGCGUACAGAUGCACCACGAUCACCACCCUGAUCACUACCCUGAUCAUCGCUACGAUCACCAUCCUGAUCACCGCCCUGACCAUCGCCACGAUCGCCAUCGUGAUGAUCACCACUCUAAUCACCACCAUAAUCACCACCAUAAUCACCACCCUGAUCACCAUCCUGAUCACCACCCUGAACACCACCCUGAACACCACCCUGAACACCACCCUGAUCACCACCCUGAUCACCACCCUGAUCACCACCCUGAUCACCACCCUGAUCAUCAACACCACGACCACCGCCACCACGACCAUCACGACCACCACCAUCACGACCACCACCAUCACGACCACCACCAUCACGACAACCAAUAUGACCAUAACCAUAACGACCACGAUGAUGACAACAAGGAAAAUGUGGGCACAAGUAAAACCUCCUUCCCUGACGAUCAGCAAGGGCUCUACCAGGACGACGAGGAUGAUGAUGGGCCCAUCCUGUACCGUGACGAUGAUGACGACGACGAUGAUGAUGGGCCUGUCCUCUACCGGGAUGAUGAGCAAGAGGAUAACGACGACGAAGUGGAGAUGACGGGGCUCCUCGCCAAGGUGCGUAGGAACCACUCCCUGGUGGCCGCACGAUCCCUGGGUCACGACCCUGAGGUCGGUGACCCCCAGCAGGGUCACAUGGGGGAGGCGUGGCAAGAGCUGCGCCAGCAGAUCGGCACCGCGCUCACCAGGCGGCUCAGCCAGAGGCCUUCAAUGGAAGAGCUAGAGCAGAGAAACAUCCUGAAGCAGCGGAAUGAGGAGGAGGAGAGAGAGGAGAAGAGAGAGAUCAAGCGCCAACUCUCGAGGAAGCUGAGCAUGCGGCCCACGGUGAAGGAGCUGCGCGAGCGGAAAAUCCUGCGCUUCAACGACUACGUGGAACUGGCCGACGUGCAGGACUACGACCGCCGUGCCGACAAGCCCUGGACGCGGCUCACCGCCGCCGACAAAGCGGCGAUCCGCAAGGAGCUCAACGAGUUCAAGAGCAUGGAGAUGGAGGUGCACGAGAUGAGCCGGCACAUGACGAGGUUUCACAAACCGUGACGUCACGACACCCUGCACAUUGCACAUCCUCCCGCAGGCCACGUCCUGCUGCCUCGGGGACCCGGUGUUCGUCACCCGUCACAAACAAAAAUAAUAAUCGAGCUACGUCUUGUGCCUCGCGCCGGAUCGGAGCGGAGGCGAGGAUGGACAUUGUCGGACGAUCCUAACGAAAUCAUCUAUCGCUCUUUACAAACACGGAGAUCUCUACUAAUUGCUCGGAUGCCUUGGAAACAAAAUCAAGCAUAUCACUCGGGAUCGGCAGUAGUUGGAGCAGCAAGAGGCAGGGUGGCCUGGAGGCGAAGCGGCCGUGGAUCAAGCGGCGUUCCUCGUGGCCUGCCCCUGCCAGACUUGACCGAUGCUAAUUAUAUCCUGAUUUGCACUUUGUCCACUCUGCGCUAAUCAUUACAGGAAAGGGACUGAAUUGUUAUGUCGCUUGUCAACUUUCUUUUUUAUGUUUGUGACACGGUGGGUUUUGACUGCCCACCGGCUCAACAACAAAAAAAACGGGCUCUAACCGGGCACCGAUAUUUACUUUGUUGUACUGCGACCACGCUAAGUUAUACAGUGACAUUGUUUCUGAUCAUUUUAUUGUCGAGGAGGGUUGGGUAACGUGCAUGGGCACGCCCCCGGAGUGCGCCCGCCAUUUUACGUCGCGAUCGGAAUGCAGAGCGCUAAACGCGGGGUUUGUAGCUCGGAGCGUCAGCUGCCUCUGCUGUCUGAGCGGCGUCUUAAGCUCUCGACGGCCAGCUAGGGUUUGCCACCCCUGGGGUACAAAACAUCCAGGACACAUGGGAAGAAGAAUAUCUCACGAAACCAGAAGAGGUGGGGGGGGGGGGUGUGAGAAUGACAUGUGAAUGCAUUGUCUUGAGCAGUGUAUCAUUAUGCAACUGACAAAAACUGGGAUUUUUGUCCGGAUGCAUGUUGAACUUAUUUUGCGUCGCACGUAACCAACUGCGCUAAUCGGAGGUGCGGGGGAAGAACAACUUUUAAUGUCCCGGGAAGACUAACCGAUUUACCAGGGGCGCUUCUUCGAAACAGGGGUCAAUCCUGGGAAAACCAGGACAGAGGUGGCAUCCCGAGGGGCCCAGUGCUGUCCAUGCAGUAAAUUAAUGAAGUGAGCGUAUGGGAUUUAAUCCACUCUGAAGCCGGAUGUAACACGUGGUAAUCUUACGGUUUUAACAAUGAAGGUAACAUUCGCCCAAUCUUAAUGCUAUGUGAAUAAUAUUUGUAUAUUUUUGUUUUUUUUCUCUGUCUUGUUUCCCCCCCCCCCCCCCCAUCGGAAACUUCCAUUUUUACAAAUGCUCCGCUACGCUUGUGGAAUAUUAACGGAUGAUGCGAGAAUGAGAUUGCUUCCUGUGGCCGCCUUGUUCCACGUUUAAUCUCAGUAUUACCAGUCGACAGUUGCGGCCAGCUGCUGCUGUUGCUUUGGCUCCAAGGAGGGCGACGACACGAUUGCGAGUGGCAAGCCCCCACGUGAACACUCGGGGUCGGGCCCCCGUUUUGAGCCGUGGUGGAAACUGAACCCACGGCUGCCUCUUCCCCCCCCCCCACCCUUGCUGCUGACAGAGAGAAGAUGGGGCCCCAGAGUUGUGCAUCUCUUGGGCUCGAAUGCCUCACACAGGCCGCGCAAGGGGGUAAAUGUGUAGCCACUCGCAACGCGUGCGCGUCCGACGUUUUCGGUCAAUGUGCAUUAUUACCUUAAAAGCAUCGAUCUUCGGAGAGUGCGAGUCGUGCUUUGCUCACCAGUUGUGUUCACUGCCCGCUUCUUCGCUUCAACUCCGCCCGACUUGAAGGCCGCGGGUCCCGUUUGUGUUGCCAUUUUGACUGCCUGGAACGUUUGCGUUGAGUUUGGCUCCCCUCUGAACCGCAGCUGGGGGGUCUACCGGCGCAGCGUCGCCCGUGCGGCAGAUGGCACCGGUUUCACGCCCGCCGAGGCAACCGGUGCCGGUCGGCGUUUAAUCCUCUAGGUUUUUCCCCCCUUCCGUGGACAAUCUCUUGUUGGCCGGACUGCCUGUCGGGAGCGACGUUGAAAUUGGGCAACGUGGAGGGGAGGGCGACCGCUUCCCCCACCCCCCCCGGCAAAACGAUGCUCACUUGCUGGCCGGUGCUGCGUUCACCUCGUGCCUCACAGGGAGAGCUGCCACUGGGGUGGUCCCCUGCCGCACGGACACCUCGAGAUGUCACUGCAUGGGAGGCGCGGUAUAAAUAGCCGCGGCCGUCGUCACGGCUCUUGUAGUUAAACCCGUUCAUGUGCAUCUGCUGUGGGAAAGAAUGCCUGGUUGUCGGAAUGCAGGCAUCUCUUGUUCGGCCAUAAAUUAAGCCCAUACUCCCUGUCCAUCACAUCUUAUGAACACCCGUCUUCACACGCGCCAACCCUACCGAUGUAAGCAGUAGGGCCCCAAUUUUUUUUUUAAAUACCCUUUAAACGACAUCGAUUUUCAUAGCAAAUAAUAUUCAUCAAUUUAUUUUAAAAAUUAAGCAGCAUGAUUUGCUUUGGAAAUUGAUGCGACUUUAACUCGAUACUCUUAAGCCACUUGAGAAAUUUCCCGGCCACCCCAUUCCCAAUAUUGGCGCCCCGACGCCGGUGCCCCCUCAGGACGCCCCUCACCCUUGCGGUGUGUCGGAGUCACGUCCGUUCGCUUCAUUUUAAAUCUUUUAUCCGACCGAAAUAACUUUUGGGUUGUAAAUGUGAAAACUUUAGCGAUUAUUUUUUUCUUUCCCUUUCUUUUACGUCAACACUGUGUUUUAAACAGUUUUUUUGAAGGGCACUUGUUGGGGACGAUUGUGACUUCACAGCCGUACGUGCAGGGUGUUCCGGCCAGGCUCCGGAUUUUCAGUGACCCCCCCCCCCCCUCCACUGGUUUGUCAGAAUGUGAGAAAUGUAUUCUGCUUCUUUAAAUGUAAGUCGAUUCCAUUUUUUUAUUUAUGCAAUAAGCUCAUGUUGUACGUCGCUGAAAGCACCAGUGCCUUUUGGUCGACAUUGGUUAGUGAAAUGCAAUAGAGCACUUUUUUUUAAAGAUCCGGUGUUUAUUAAACAAAAGUGCUACUACAAUGUGCUGGAGGGAGACAGUAGAUGAAGUGCCUUGCAAGAACAACACGCAUUGAAGCAGCAACUAAACAAGUUAACUCGUGCAGCUUUGUGAAUUAUAAAUAAAAUGUGAUAUUAAAGUA